AUGAGCGACAUAGAUCUCCCUUGCAUUGAUUAUCAAAAAGUGAACUCUUGGAUAAAAGGUGAAGAAGAUGAUGGCGUGCAGCGCGAAAACAAUUUUCCAGAGCCAGGAAGUGAGUGGUUUGUCAUAAGCAUGAAAUGGCUCAAAAAAUGAAAAAUUUUAGCGGGAAUCGAUCAAGGAUUUUUAGAUAGUGAAAAUAUUGGCCCAGUUGAUAGUUCUGACAUUAUCAUUGAUAAUAAUGAUAUAUGAAAAGAAGAUAACGAAUUUUUUAUUAAAUCUGGACUCCUACUAGGAGAUUAUUUAAUUAUAGCGGGUUCCUAUGGUUUAUUACAGCCCCUGUCGCUUCGCGAGUUAGCUUUCACGCUUAGGUGACGCCUAGACACUAACUCCAACUCACGCUCUUUUCUCGUCCUCAGAUAGUCUAUCAGAGAGGCUCACCCGUUUAGGUCUUGAUUCUAGCCAGUGAUUAAAGACCCAUCAGCAGAGAUUAAUGUACCUGAAUCACCUAAAAUCUUCUUCUUGGCCUGCCAUAGAUUGCCUCCCAAGAAGUACGGAAGAAUGUUGUACCUCGGUCUGUUGUCAUUGUGCCGAGGAAAAAAGGUUUAGCACCAAAAUCACACCCUUAAAGCUAUCACCAAUAGGAUUCAUCUUUCUCGGACCUGGAUUAACUUGCACUCUCCAUUUUAAUAAUUCUUCUAUUAGGAGAAGAUUACGAAAUUGUCCCUCCAAAGGCAUGGAGCUAUUUUAUUACCACUUUUGGAGCAAAUCAGACUAUAAAAAGAUAUAGCGUUCAAUUUUCUGAGGAUAACACUCAAGUAGAAAUUACUUACAAGCCGUUAAAAGUUUUCUAUAUAAUGAGAAGUGAGCUGAAAACAGAAAACCCCGUAAUUGUUUAUGUCCCGCAUAAAAGUGAAAUUGGAGACAUUAUGACGAAGCUGAGAAGUCUUUAUAAAACGAAGAAUAAUCAGCAUGUUGAUAAAAAUUAUAUAAGAUUAUGGCAUUUGGACCCUAAAAUCUCAAUAGAGCAAUUUAAAGAAAAUAUAAAAAAAUCGACAAAAAUUUUUCCUGGGAAGUUCUUAAAGGAAAAACUAAUGCUUGAAGAUGCAGAAGUUGCAGACGAUGAUGUAAUUGCUGCUGAGCUUAAAAGCAGCUAUAUUACAUGAUCAUUCAAUAACCCGAAUGAUACAGAUGUCUGCAAAUAUUGUAGCAAAGCCAUUUCUAAGUAUAUAAAAUGCUCAUGUGGAAGGUUCAAAUACUGUGAUAGCACUUGCAUAGAGAAUGAUAGAAUUAGCCAUAGAUGUAGCGACAGAAACUCUUAUAGUGAGUCUGAUGCGAGGUUUUUAUCACCGUCUCCAAGCAGCCGCAAUGGGAUUGCUGGUCUUCAAAACUUAGGAAACACUUGCUUUAUGAACUCUGGGCUACAAUGUAUGUCAAAUACCUACCCAAUUUCACAAUAUCUAUUGAAUGAUGAUUUUCUAGAAGAUAUUAAUUAUGAAAACCCUUUAGGAACUCAAGGGCAGAUUGUAAAAGAGUAUGCUUAUCUUAUCAGAGAAUUGUGGUAUGGUUCAAACACAUAUGUUUCUCCAUGAAAGUUCAAGAGAGCACUGGCGAAGUUUGCGCCCCAGUUUUCAGGGUUUCAUCAGCAGGACUCACAAGAAAUGCUAUCAUUUUUAUUAGAUGGUUUGCAUGAAGAUUUAAAUAGAGUAAAAAAGAAGCCUUAUGUGUCACAAAUUGAUAUUGCUGGACUUACUGAUCAAGACGCAGCUAAAGCUUUUUGAAAUGUUCAUACACAGAGGAAUCAAAGCAUUAUUAUUGAUUUGAUGUAUGGGCAGUAUCGAUCAGAAGUAGAGUGUCCUGAAUGCCAUAAUGUAUCACUAGCUUUUGACCCAUUUUUAAUGCUUGCAUUGCCAAUUCCUUCAAAAGAGCAAGUAUCCCUUGAUGUUUACUAUGUCUCAUAUUCUGAAGACAAAACCCCUCUGAAAAUCAAAAUUUUAGUCAAUAAAAAUUACAAUUGAAAAACUGUAAACGAAGAAAUCGCAAAAAUAAUUCAAACGCAAAAUUCCAUCAUUUUUGGAAUUGUUUCUGGGCAGUCAUUGGAAAAACUAGGAAAUUUAGAAAAAAUCGAAAAUAAUAAAAUGCUUUUUGCUUACUUCCCUAUUAAUUUUAUAAAACUAUUUGAUUGUCCAGUCAAAAUAUAUAUAUGUGUGUUUAUAAGCAUAUUAUUUUUAAAAAAUUUAUAGAUUCAAGCCACUCUCUUUAUUAAAUAGCAUUUUUCGUGCAUCCCUCAUUUAAAAUAGAAACAAAUAUAGGUAAUUUUUUAUUUUUGUGCAUUCAAUUAGGUAUCAAAGUUAUUUACAUAUAGAUUAUUAUUUUUAUCCACAAUUUUCAUCCAAUUUAAUGGGAUUAAUUUGCCAAAAAAAUGAACAUUCACCAAUAUCUUUCAAAUUUCACAGUAGAUAGUUACGAAAUUCCUGAUGCAGGCUCAGAUGAGGCCUUCAUUAUUUUGGAAUUUGUAAAAGAAAGUUCGAACUAUAUGUAUCCACAGGGUGAAACAGCUGGAUAUCCUCGGCUAUUUAAAGUGUCAAAAAAUGCUACUUUACAACAAAUUCAUUACUUUAUUUAUCUAUAUGUAAUGUGGCUAUUUGGAGAAGACUCAAAAAGCAGUAAUGAUUUUCAAAAUUCUUUUCCUUUGCUAUUUCCUAGUAUUUACACUUUGAAGUUAGUAAACCCUAACAAAAAGCGAUAUACAUACUAUUCUUCGUUUUCUUCAGCUUGCCCUUAUUGCCACGAUCAAAAAUGCAUGAAUUGUAAAUUACCUUAUGACGAAGAAACUUUGCAAGACUACCUUAAUAAAUUUCCAGAUGGAAAUUUAAAGCUUGAGCUCAAUUUUUCAUCAAAUUAUAAUAGUCAAAUGUUGAAAAAGUUAAAAGAGGCAAAUCUUCAUGAAAAAUACCAAGAAACAGCUCAAAGGCAUCAGGAUCAAAAAGAAGCUUCUAUUACAUUAGAUGAUUGCUUAAAUUUAUUUUCUACCAGAGAGCAAUUAGAUGAACACAAUAAUUCUUGAUGUUCAAAAUGCAAGGAGCAUGUUAGAGGGAUCAAGAAAAUGGAUAUUUUUAAGCUGCCAAAAAUUUUGAUUAUUCAUUUGAAGAGAUUCAAACAGGUUGGACAUUAUAAUUCAAAAAAUAGCAAAAAAGUUGAAUUUCCGAUGGAAGAACUAGACAUGGGAAAGUAUGCAUUGGCGGAUACAGGAAUUUAUGAUCUUUAUGCUGUUUCUAAUCACUACGGUGCAUUGGGUGGUGGCCAUUAUACAGCUUAUUGCAGAAAUUAUUUUGACAAAAAAUGAUAUCACUUUGAUGAUAACUCUGUAAGUACCGUCAGAGAUCCACAAACCAAGAUUAUUGAUUCAGCAGCAUAUGUGCUAUUUUAUAUGAAAAGAGAUUAA